AUGCGAACGAUUGUCAAGAAGAGUGCAAACUGUGAAGAGAGUGUGGUUAGCAAAAAAAAUGUUUUGCCUGUGUCGAUGGCUUUCGCCCCUUUUGUAUUACGCCAAGUUCGGUUCUACUUGAGGCGUGCCUGCGCAAUUUGGAGACCCGUCCGCCCAGAAUUAAACGAAAGUCCACAUGGAGUCUGGUCAAGUCCAUGUCGGACUGGCAAUUUGACCCGAGGAAGAAGGGCUAGACGAGGCCAGAGACCUCAGCAGUUGCAGUCUACGCGCGAACAGCGAGUGGCAAGAGCUACCCACGAGUCCGACGCCGCCUUCAACCAGGGUGUGGGUUUAAGGCUGAGACAAUCAAUUGAUGGAGUGUCAGCUGAGGACAGGAGAUCUGCAGCAGCUCUGCUCCAUCAUUGUAGAGGCAGAGGACUGGAUUCAAUCAAUGUCCUCUUUGCUUCAGGGGAAAGCACCAACAGCAAUAGCCUGAACACUCGCUCGGCAUCGCUGACACUCGCGACAUUGGCCGCCACGGCACACUACCCCAGACGAACCGGCUGCCAAUUCUCGCUCGUCUGGUCGACGGGUGCGAUGGUGUCUCAACCGUGGCAAAAACAACAAACAACAGGAAACGGGGUGAAGAUCCACGGAUUUCGACAGCACUUACAAGAUGCGACGGUGUGA